AUGGAUACUGUUCAACCAUCGAGGGGUGUUCAACAGCCACCGAGAGGUCUUGGCCAGGCCAGAGGUGGUAAUUGUAUGGAUCGUGGUCAGAGGGCACCUGGCAAAGGUACUGGUCAUACUGAGGUGAGGCAGCCAACUCUGGUUUAUGCUGCACGUCACCGAGAUGAUGGAGAUACCCCAGAUGUUAUCACAGAUACGUUCUUUAUCCGUAAUGUACCUUAUACUACAUUGAUUGAUGUUGGAUCCACUUAUUCCUAUAUAGUAUGCAUUGUAUCUGAGACUUUGGGUAUAAUGGUUGAGAGCACUACCAGUGGGGUCACUGUAUUGAGUCCAUUAGGGCAAUCAGUGAGGGUAGAUAAAUUGUUCAGAGAUGUACCUUUGGAGGCCAAAAAAUUGGUUUAUAAAGGUUAUGAGGCGUAUUUAGCCUACAUCGAUGUUUCAAAUUCUGAGAUUUCGUUUGUUAGGGAUAUCAGAACAGUUAAAGAUUUUUCGAAUGUUUUUCCUGAUGAGCUGUUUGGAUUACCUCCAGACUGUGAAGUUGAGUUUGAGAUUGAGCUCCUACCUGGUACAGCUUCGAUGUCCAUCGCCCCUUAUAGAAUGGCACCGAAAGAGAUUGUGGAACUUAAAGCUCAGAUUCAAGAGUUAUUGGAUCGAGGGUUCAUCUGA